AUGGAUCCGAAUGCUAAGCUUCUGCCUGGACAAGGGGAUCCUCUUAGAGAUCUAUCGAGAUAUGGAAGGUUGGUUGGAAAAUUAAAUUACCUCACAGUGACAAGACCUGACAUUUCUUUUCCGAUGAGUGUUGUAAGUCAGUCUAUGGAUUCUCCAUGUGAUAGUCAUUGGGAUGCAUUUUUACGCAUUCUUCGAUAUAUAAAGUCAUCUCUAGGCAAAGGAUUACUACUCGAGGAUCGAGGCCACGAGCAAACUGUUGGGUACACAGAUGCUGAUUGGGCAGGAUCACCUUCUGACAGACGUUCUACGUCAGGAUAUUGUGUUCUAGUAGGAGGUAAUUUGGUCUCUUUGAAGAGCAAGAAACAGAAUGUAGUUGCUCGAUCUAGCUCCGAAAUCGAAUAUCGGGCCAUGGCUAUGGCAACGUGUGAGUUAGUUUGGGUCAAGAAGUUGCUCAAGGAGUUGAAGUUCGGAGAAAUCAGCAAGAUGGAACUAUGGCCUCCUCGCAAUUGUGACCAAAUGAUCGCAACUGCGAACUCAGUGCUGAUCCACCCCUCUUCGCAAAUGUGA